AUGCCUGAGUUCAGUACCUACAGUUGCCGGGUGCAGUACGUCGACGACAGCGACCCAUUCGCUUCGACGUCGAACGCAUUCCUCGAGCCGAUGCGGCCAGUGACGUUCGCCUUCAGAAUCCACGAAACCAUCGCCGACCAGUUGCCUGAGGUCAUUCGUACGCUCAGAGCGCCGCAUAAGCCCGGUGACUCAGCUUUGCAAUUAUACAAAAGUCUGGAGAGAGGCGGUGGCGAAUUUCUCAGUUAUCUCGAUAGUGAGCUAACGCUAGCCGAUCAACGCGAAGAAUUCGAAGAGAUGAAGAGCGACAGGUUGGUGCCAUUCGUUAAGAUGCUCUUUUUUCAUCUGAGCGAUUAA